AUGGGAGUGGAAUGUUUACUAGAGGGUGAAUGUAUAUUGUGUGCAUCAAGUGAAGUUGAGGUUUGUUUGAGUAGAGGGGUGCAUCCCUGUACAAUCAGGCUGUGUCACCCCCAUCAAUCCGGAAAACAUAAAAACGAUGUGAUAAAAAAUUUCAAAACUGAAGAAAAUAUAAACCUGCACCAGCCGGGAAUCGAACCCGGGUCUGUACCGUGGCAGGAUGUUUCUGAGUUAAAGUAG